AUGGCCCAAGUGACAACAAUGGGGGAUGCGAUGAGGAGUCACCAGGACUGCGCUGAUGUGUACUCUAACGUGGCCACUGUCAGCUCCACUGCAGAUAUUGGAGAUUCGGUGAGCAAGGUGUCAUUGUGUGAGACUUCCGUGGCUGUGGGUGUUAGUCGGCGGAGCCGAGCCUUUCAGUCUCCGGUGAGAAGACGCCUCCGCACAACGUUCAGCCGUAAGCAGCUGGAGCAGCUGGAGAUGGCCUUUGGACAGAACCAGUAUCCUGACAUCUACUACAGAGAGGAGCUGGCCCGAAUCACUAAGCUCAAUGAGGCUCGCAUACAGGUGUGGUUCCAGAACAGACGGGCCAAACAGCGCAAGCACGAGCGGGUCUCCCAAAAAGUGCACCCGCUGGGUGUGAUGUCAGGCCACAGGGCACUACUGGGCAGCAUGCACGUCGCACCGCCCAUGGCCCGGCAGUACUACGCCCAACCCCUGGCCCACAUUCCCCACGUCGCUACAGUGCUGCCUGCCAGAGUGUACCCCCAUCAUCCCCAAGGUCCGGUCAGCCAGUGCCCGUUUCCCUCUGUGCCAUCGCAGGCGGCCUCUCAGCACCAGCAUGAAGAAUGGUACAGCCACGUGAGGAGCAACCUGACCUCAACGAUGUUCUCUCUGACCUCUGUGCAGCCCCUGGACCCCUCCUCUCACUGGAGCUAA